CUCGGAUCCGGGCGCGUCUGUCCGCUGCUGCCCAGCGGGCACUGCCAGGGGCAGGGCUGCCGCGAGCUGCCCCUUCCAGCCGGGGCUCCGUGAUCCCCCAGCCCGGCUCUUCGGCGGAGACUCCCGGAGCGUCUCGAGGCGGAGACCGAGCCAGGAGCUACUGACCCGCGGGGCGCACCUGCUCCUGGGGGCCGGUCCCCGGGGCCAGAGCGAGCGGGGAUCCUGGCAGGGCAGCCGGGCACCGCGGCCUGCUGCGCCUGAGGGCCAUGAGCUGUUCUCAACAUCUGGAGAGCCAAAGGAGCAGCCCCUCAUCCUCAGGACCUCAGUACUUAUAGAGGACCCUGCUGUGCCAAGAAGAGCCUUGCUGAAAGGAGCCCACCACCAGGAAAAGACCAAAGGCUGCAGCCUCCUGUAGCCCCACCCAGGGUCUCUUGGGGCUCUCCCAAGGUCUUUAGCUGCAGCAGAAGGUCCUGGCAGGAUUUCUUCACUGGGGGCCAUGUCCAGAAUUGGAUGAGUCGCCACAGACACUGCAGCACCGUGAAUAGGAUUUCAUGACACCUUAGCUCGGCCGGGGCAGUUCCAUCAUUCCAGCGUGAAACUUCUGGGCCAGAGCCAUCAUCUUCUUCCUCCGCUGGGGAGACUGCCUGAGGUUGCAUGGCAAGGCCGUGAAGGUCAGUCGAGACGUGCAUGACUGGAAAGCAAAGGAGAGGACGACGCCCAUUGAGCUUCUGGCAGCCAAUUGGCCUGCAUCCUGACACCAUCUGACUUGGGUGAGAGAUAGGAUGAUAGCUGGGGAGGUGAGCAUGCAUAACCCAAUUCUGGCCUGCUGGCAGCCUAUCCUCCUCCUGAUGCUGGGAUCCGUCCUCUCCGGCUCUGCCACGGGCUGCCCGCCCCGCUGCGAGUGCUCUGCCCAGGAGCGCUCGGUGCUGUGCCAUCGAAAGCGAUUCAUCGCUGUCCCCGAGGGGAUCCCCACUGAGACUCGGCUCCUGGACUUGGGUAAGAACCGAAUCAAGACUCUCAACCAGGAUGAAUUUGCCAACUACCCUCACUUGGAGGAACUGGAGUUAAACGAGAACAUUAUCAGUGCCAUUGAGCCUGGGGCUUUCAACAACCUCUUCAACCUCAGGACUCUGGGUCUCAGGAGUAACCGACUCAAGCUCAUCCCCUUGGGGGUGUUUACCGGACUGAGCAAUCUUACCAAGCUAGACAUUAGUGAGAACAAAAUUGUGAUCCUCCUAGACUACAUGUUCCAGGACUUGUACAACCUGAAGUCUUUGGAGGUUGGGGACAAUGACCUGGUCUAUAUCUCCCACCGGGCCUUUAGUGGCCUCAACAGCUUGGAGCAGCUGACGCUGGAGAAAUGCAACUUGACCUCUAUCCCCACGGAGGCGCUGUCUCACUUGCACGGCUUGAUUGUGCUGAGGCUGCGCCACCUGAACAUCAAUGCCAUCAGGGAUUACUCAUUUAGGAGGCUCUACAAGCUUAAGGUCCUUGAGAUCUCCCAUUGGCCCUAUCUGGAUACCAUGACAUCCAACUGCCUCUAUGGACUGAACCUGACAUCCUUGUCCAUCACCCACUGCAAUCUGACUUCCAUCCCUUAUGUCUCUGUCAGGCACUUAGUUUAUCUCAGGUUCCUGAACCUGUCCUACAACCCCAUCCUCACCAUUGAGGGCUCCAUGUUGCACGACCUGCUUCGGCUGCAGGAGAUCCAGCUGGUGGGUGGGCAGCUCACCACCGUGGAGCCCUACGCCUUCAGAGGCCUCAACUACUUGCGCAUCUUGAACGUCUCCGGGAACCUGCUGACUACACUGGAGGAAUCAGCCUUCCAUUCGGUGGGGAACCUGGAGACGCUCAUUUUGGAUAAUAACCCUUUGGCGUGCGACUGCCGGCUGCUUUGGGUUUUCCGACGCCGCUGGAGGUUGAACUUCAACAAGCAGCAGCCCACCUGCUCCACCCCUGAGUUCGUCCAGGGGAAGGAGUUCAAGGACUUCCCCGACGUGCUCCUGCCCAACUAUUUCACCUGCCGCCGGGCGCGCAUACGGGACCGUAAGCCGCAGCAGAUCUUUGUGGAUGAGGGCCAUACGGUACAUUUUAUCUGCCGGGCAGAUGGGGAUCCGCCCCCCACGAUCAUGUGGCUCUCUCCCAGAAAGCACCUCAUCUCUACCAAAACCAGUGGGCGGCUCACCGUCUUUCCCGACGGCACUCUGGAGGUGCGCUAUGCCCAGAUCCAGGACAAUGGCACCUACCUAUGCAUCGCCAGCAAUGCGGGUGGCAAUGACACCAUGCUGGCGCACCUUCACGUGCGGAGCUACUCCCCAGAUUGGCCCCAUCAGCCCAACAAGACCUUUGCUUUCAUCUCCAACCAACCCAAUGAGAGCGAUGCCAACAGCACGCGUGCCACCGUGCCUUUCCCCUUUGACAUCAAGACUCUGAUCAUCGCCACCACCAUGGGAUUCAUCUCCUUCCUGGGCGUGGUGCUAUUCUGUCUGGUGCUUCUCUUCCUGUGGAGCCGGGGGAAAGGCAACACAAAGCACAACAUCGAGAUCGAGUAUGUGCCACGCAAGUCUGACGCCGGCAUCAGCUCUGCUGAUGCGCCGCGCAAGUUCAACAUGAAAAUGAUCUAACCCGAAGCAAUUUGCAAAUAAUAAAGUUUUUUUUAAAAACAAAACAAAAGAAGAACGUUGCUACAAACAUACCGACCUCUCUCCUCCUCUGAACCACCCCUCCCCUCUCGUUCUAACCCCGCCUCUCCGCACCACCACCUCUUCCACCUCUUUAUACCAGGAGAACAUUCUGCUGAUGUCUCCAGGACUCCCAUGUUUGUAAGGAAGUAGUCUGACGGACGCCGGUGUCAGAUCUAAUGAUGAGAGGGGAAAACAAACAAACAAAAAAAGAAAAAUAAAAAAAGAAAAUAAAUCAAUAAAAAGUUACGAACUUUCCUCUGUAACUUUGAUUUAAAUAAUUAUGGAUUUUUAUGAAAAAAGUUGAAAUAAAAAAAACAACCUCCCUAUUUCCUAUAGAUAGUUGGAAUGCAAAAUCUUGACUUCUUGAUCUGUCCAGUUCUGUAUCUGAUUGAGUUUUAUUUUUCUUCCUCUCCUCUUCUGACUCUCCCCUGAAGGCGGUUCCUAGUGGUCUCAGAAAGAAAAAAACUGGGGCUUCCAUCCACACAGCUCCUAGUGCGAGCCAGAGCCCAGUUGCACUGGGGAAAAGGCUGUUGGCUCAGCAGAGAGCAAAGAACAAAUUCUGCUGUGACUUGUGCCCUCAGUCACACCUCUGAAGUGAACGGGGUUGCCAGGGGAUAAGUACAGCCGGAAUUCAGCCCCAAGUGUUGGUGUUCCCUUUUAGAUAAAAAGUAAAUUAUCACCAGUUAGGCUAAGGCCUUUCCCUAUGACCAGCUCAAGGUUCGAAGUGCUCUACACCCGUUUCCCAUUAGUCCUGGGGAAGCUAGUCAGUAUCUGGAUUUCAGAUCUGCUGUGUCUAUAUACCAGUAAAUAGCCUGUGACUCAGCCGGUUCCCUGGCCAGCAGAAUAGCCUCUCUGGGUUUCUCCCCUAUGCUAAUUGACAAAGGCAAGACUCAGUUAAAACCAAAGACUGGGGAAUCUAUCAGGGUUAGGUUCCACUGCUCUGAAAUGUAUCCCAGCUGGGCCUUUCCCUGGAAUGCUAGCCUGUGGUUUCCCUGUGACCAACAGGUGGAAGGAGGCCUGUGAUUUAAUUACUCCAUGGGUGUUAGGCAGGGAGAGGGCUCUUUCUCUGCAGCUGUGAGUAAUGGAGUUGGUUGAAUCCACUGUCAGACAGGGGGCUUGAUGCUGCUCUUGCUCUGGCCUCAUCCUCCCAUAACUCCCCUAUCUUCAGCAGAAUGACUCCUGAUUUGCAUGGCUGUACAUGGAUCAGAGUCAGGCGCAGAGAGCAGAUUCCCAGGGUUCUGACUAAUGGCAUCUCUGCUGCUGUCAGACAGAGAAUGGACUUCCUCCAGCUGGACUGGUGCAAUCAGACUGAGGAGGGGGAGGUUCCCUGAGCCGAGCUCUGCACUGUUACAUCCACACAACCUCUCGUUGACUUUAGUGGUGUGAGGAGGGCAGAAGUUGGUACUGGGGUUGGGAUGGAAAGGCUGCGUCACCUACCCCAUACUCUAGUACUUGUACUCCUAGACCACCUCUGUUCACCAGAAGGAAUCUAGUAGCCAACACAUCCACCUAUGCCCACCACAGCAGGGAACUCCUUGUCAUUCUUUCAGGUUCCCGGAGCCCCAUGCUGGUGAUGGCUCUCGCAGAAUUUUUUUAUCUCUGACAGCUGGUAGCCAAACUCGCUCUCAAGCGGUCAGGUAUUUGCUGGGCCUUUAGCUUCCAAACAGGCAGGAGAUCUUGGCUGGAAGAUCUAAAUGCUGGUGCCAGGAGGGGGCAUGUGAGCAGGGUAGUUUGAGAAGUGGCAGCAGUGGGGUGGGGGUGAUGCUAGCUGUUUUCUAGCUAUUUAACCUAGACAUUUCUCUCCGAUGUGCCUGUCACCACGAGUAGCUGGGCACCUAAUGGUUCAUAGAUAGGCUUGGCAGAAUUCAAAUUUUAUUCUUUUAUAAUUUUGACAGAUGAUAUUGAUUAUCUUAAGCCUUUUUUUAGAUCUUUAUCGAUUUUUAAAUUUUUACAAUUGCACAAAAUUACAGGGUUUGACUACGUUUCGCUAUUUUUAGCCAUUUAAAUUUUUAAUUGCAGAGUCAGGCAAUUAUUUAACGUCAGUCGCUACUGAGAUUUAAAAAGCUAAAGCUUUAUAAGCAUUAAAACACAAAUUGUCACAAUCACAUGUCAAAAUAUACUAAAUAAAUAGCCUUAAAUCAACAAAUCCCCUCCUCUUUUUAACCGUCCGUUUGCU